UCGCCCAUUGCCUACGGCUUGGCUUGUAGCAGACAUUUGACCAGUAUUCACUUCAAAACACAGGACCUGUGUUCGCGGGUAAAGUUUACCCGGAAGAAGCUCCUUUAUGGCGUUGUCUUCUGGCUUUCUUCGUCAAAAGUCUUCUCCGUAAAACAGGAAUAACGACCUUCGUCUUCUUCUUCUUCUUCUUCUUCUUCUUCUUCUAUCUACUUUUCUCAGACGUCUUCUCUGUUUUUUAUUUUUAAAACUUCAUUGAUAUCUGUUGAUUUUUUCUCUUUCUCGGCAACACCCGCCAGAAAAGCAAAAUCAUCUCAGCCUUACUUGUUCAUUUCAAGAAUCAGGAUCAACAAGAUUGCGGACUUGGCAAUUGAUUCAGACUAUGGGAAGGCAUUUGCAGGGUGAGAAUUCUGAUGCUCAAUUGGUGGACUAUGGGUAUCAUCCAGGCUGCAUGUGGGGCAUAUUUCAUGUUCUUGACUACCACCAUUGGCAUGAUGUGAAAAAAGUACUUUCUCACAGAAACCACCGCAGAGGUAGACGUGCCAUAUGCUAUGGAGAUCCAAAAACAAUUUCUACAAAGUCUGAAGUUGGUGCUGCACAUGGAUUUUUAGAUGCCAAAGCAGACCACUGUGUGCCAGAAAAACGUUCAACAAGAGCAAGCUUGCAAAAACCCCACAAAAAACCAGUAAGUUCUAAGGAGAAGCAUAAGGGAGAGGAAUACGAACACCAGAAUGUAGGUUUCUCCGCACACCCACAGUUGCAGCAAAUUGACUCAAUUCAUCCCUUUGAUUAUUCAGACUAUCACCUUGGUGAAGGAUGCUCUGGUUGGAUGAAUCCAGUUGUUCUCAUUCCCAACAGAGCUAGGGCCUCUGGCAGCAGAUUGAAGAGUUUGUCUCUACCAAAUAAUGCUAAGAGUUGCUGGGAACAAGACGAGCAUUCUGAGAAGUCUGGAAUUUUUCCUGAAAAAGUCCAACAGGCGUUGAACAAUCAAAAGCAGAUGGAUAAGAAGCUUAAUGGAAAAUUAUCUAAUGAUAAGGUUAAAGAGUAUGUAGAUAUUCAGGAAAUAUUCAAGGUUAAGAAAGAUAUUUUCAUGAAAAUCCUACAAGAUCCUGAUGUUGGUAUUACAAAGCAGUUCCCGGGUACUCUCAACAGGAAACUAAAGCUAACCAAAUCAGGUUCGUUUCCUGCAAAUGAUUCAUCUGGUGUUCGAUAUCUUAGGCCUACCACACUUGAACACAAAAAGUAUGAAAAUUGGUCUUCCCGGAUUGGAGAAAAUUUGCUUGCUGCUAGAAACGUGCCAAAAUCUGAUGCAUCUAAGUCUCAGAAAGAUCAUCGUGUUAAGUCAGAACCUGAGGGUACUUUGGACAACCUGAUGAAGCAAAAAACAAGCCUUGUCUCUUUUGGUUCGUCCUCGAUAGUUGAUAAUCAAGGGUGGAAUCAAAUGGUCUUAAAUCAUUUCAAAGUAAUUAAGAAGAGGAUAAAGCAUGUACUCAAGGAGAAAAGAAAGAAGAAUAAGCACACAACCAGGGUUUCCCUCCAAAGUGUGCCUUCUGGAAGUGAUUUAGCUACUAAUGAGAAAGUGAAGAAAGAAGCAUCACAAGUUAUGGAACAUGGAAAAGAUGGUGUAGAGAAACCAAGAAAUCAACAUGAAACUGAUAUUUCUGAUUAUGAUCUCACCAAAAACACAAUCCACUUAGUGAGAAGAACAAGAUCUCUAAAUGAGUCGGUGGGUAAAUACGUUCAGUUGUUUGAGCGUAGUUUUGGAAGGGAGGUCAAGUGGAAUCAUUCUAAGAGCUUAAGUUUUGCAGGGGAAGAUAAGGUUGCAGCAAAAGGACAUGCUCCAAAAUUCUUCAGAAGGAUUUCCUCCCUGUCUGAUCUUGAGUCCUUUUGUUCCUUAGUAAAAGAAGUCUCAGGCGAUGCUCUCUCUUCAAACACGCUUAUUGGCGUUGCCACAAAUUCUGGUUUGACAAGAGAAAAUGAUACUCAAUGGGAAUCAAAUUCAAUUGGCGCUUCUGUAAAUACAGAUAAAGUCAAACAAAUUGAGACUGAAUAUGAGAAUGAUAUGGUUGAAAAAAGUGAAAGCGGAGAGGAAAUUGAUCUUUCAGAUGGUCUAGUAGAGACUAAAUACGACAAGGAUAGUGCAAGGAUAUAUGAGGUUAUAGAGAUAGCUGCUCCAGCAAACGAGGAUAGGUAUGCAAAUCAGUAUCAAGAUAGUUGUUCCACAACGAGUUCAAGAGGAGACCUUCAACAGCAAAAUUCAGUUUCAGGUCAAGAAUCUUAUUCUCCAGGCAAUCUAAUGGGGCCUCUAGAAUGUCCAUUCUCAGAAGGUAUACAUUCUCUUGGCAUGUUUAUUAUUGUUUUAUUCUCUGUAUAUACAUUUGCUUCGAUAAUCUAGAUUUCAUUAUAAAUUUCAUUUAACA